UAUGACAAAAUUUGAACGUACAAUAGUGGUUGUGAAGUCAGUUUAUUUAGCACAAUCGGUCAAUUGCAGCUUGCCGUUGGCUGGAAACUGUACGUUUCUGUCACUGGAAUGCACUAAUCACCCAAAAAAUAUUACCGCCACCCGGCGUGUAAAUGGAUCUAACUCUUUGAACGUACAAUACUGUGGCCCUAAGUAACGAUUCUGUGUCCCUGAGUAACGAUUCUGUGUCCCUGAGUAACGAUUCUGUGUCCCUGAGUAACGAUUCUGUGUCCCUGAGUAACGAUUCUGUGGCCCUAAAGUCUCUGUGGCCCUAACUCUGUCCCUUAAUACACACAGGUCUGUCUCUCUUGAAUGAC